CACCAGCUGUUGGAUGACUGCCACGCACUUAUCUCAUCGGGGGAAGGCGUGUCAGUCCCCGGAUCGCUCAGUGCCCCUUUGUCCUCCUCGCUCGGCGCCCAGCCCGCGACACUCAUGGCGGCUGCACCCGUCAGGCAGCGCCUCGGCUCAGGGGGGGCCCGGACGCAGCUCCCGCCCUGUUACUAUGAAGGCUACCUGGAGAAGCGCGGACCGAAAGAGAAGGCGUCCAGGCGGCUGUGGACCAGUUUGUGUGGUAACUCUUUAUACUUCUUCAAUAAUUCCAAGGACACAAAUUAUGUGGAGAAGCUGGACCUCGGAGGGUUUGUGUCCCUGAGGGACGACAGCAGUCGUGACAAAAACCUGGAGGCAGCACGGCUCGUCCUCCGCAUGAAGGAUGGAGAAAUCAAACUCACAGCACCAAACCUGGAGAGCCGGGAGCUCUGGAAAGGUUUCCUCUACUCUGUUAUAGAUCUGAACGUGCCGUCCAGCCUCACGUUGCUACCCGGGCAGCUGCAGAUGUUGAAGGAGGUGGUGGACAAGGAAAGGUCCAGGCGCAGAAGUCGCAAUCCAGGACGAGCGCCUCCAUCGCCUCUUUCCGUUCCUUUAGUGGGAGAGAUCCCUGCGUGUUUUCGUCCAGUGUCCCGCACCGAGGCCGAGGUCCUUUUAGAGAGACAUCCAGACUGUGGCAACAUGUUGCUUCGUCCAGGCAGAGAUGGAUGCUCGCUGGCUGUCACUACCCGACAAGACCUCAACGGGUCCGUGUUCAGGCAUUACAGGGUCACUCAGAGGGACCAGGGGGGUUACGUCAUUGAUGUGGAGAAUCCUAUUCCCUGUGCUACGCUGCAUGACGUCAUCGACGCCCUGGUGGAGAGGACAGCAGGCACGCUGCAGCCGUUCCUGCUGGAAGAACCGUACGAGGAAAACAUCACGUACGUUUCUGCUAAUGAUGAAAAUGGAGAACGUAUCCUCCACACGGCCCCCUCCAGCCCGCUCCCGAAGGCCCCCGCUCUGCCUCCAAAACAAGACCGUUGGUGCAGCAGUCCUCUGUCCAGGUCUCCUGCCUUGGACCGUCGUGUCCUGACCUCCUCGCCGGUGCCAGCUUCGCCCACUAACCCGAUGAGACGACUUGUCCUCUCUCCCUCUCCUCUCACACAAACGCUCAAUGAGGAGCUGAAAAAGACGCUGGAGAAAAGAAGGGUCAGCCAGGAGUGACGUUUCCUCAAAGCUUCAGAUCUUUCUCAUCCUGUGCCUUCUCGGUGGAGCAAGAGCUACUGCAGAACCACCACACUGUCUUAGGGAAGCUGAAGAUGUUCCUCCUGUGUGUCUCGGCGUGUAAUUGUUCAACAUGACUGGUGCUUGCCUUUUUGACCCAUUAGUGCUGCUUCAUCUUGCACAACCAGUGGCCUCUGAAUAAUUGCAGGGCAGCAAGAAAAUCCAGUCAACAGAAGUCAAUGUGACCAGCACCAACAUCAAUCUGAGCCUGUUGGUUUCCAGUCUGAGCCCAUCUUUGGGUUGGUGACCUGCUGAAGUUACAGUGACGAUUGCCAAGAUCUACAUCAGAGCGCCUCGCUCUCAUCGAUGAUGCUAGCUCUAGUUUUUUUGACAUUCCCACAAAUUUGAACAAAACUGAGGGAGAGAAAUCGGGUUGAACGCCUGCACAAAGUCUGCCUCCUGCCCCAGAGCGCUUUGUGAUCGAUGAACAACUGUGAAAACAUUGUAGAUUCAGUGACUGUGCCGUAGAUCGUCUGCCAUUCUACUUUAACUGUUUUACGUGCUCUCUGCUGCUGUACAUGUGCUGUUUCAUGGUGCUAUAACUUCCUCCAACUCAGACCUGCCUGGAAAAUCCAACCGGUUUCUCUGUCUGAGAAAACCUCUACUGCAUCCAUCUGUGAAGACACCCUUUGGUUAAAACGAAGGAACAGAAAUGUCAUCAGCACACUGAAAAAGCACAAGUGCCUGAUGAGUUUGUUUCUACUGAGAUGUGAAACCUGACGUUAGACAGUAUUAUGUCACAUCUGGACCGUACCUGAAAACAGAUGUAAAGGUGCUUCAAUAAUAAGAGUUUUUACUCUCGUUUUUCUGGAUUCUUCCUACUGAUUGGUAUCAAGCUGUGAACCAAUAACUUUAAAGUGUCUUUUUCCAAUGAAUGUUUGUACAGAAAGUGUGUCGUUGUCUUGGUCACCUUCAGAGAAUAGUGUUUGAUAAAUAUUGAAGGUAUUAAAUUGUUUUGCAUGAA